GUGCAUCUGAACGUCGUGUUGUUUUAGUGUGAAUUUACAAAUAAUUGAAAACACGCUACAAUAUUAUAUGCUUUGAGUUUCAGACGAAUCGUUAUCGAUAUUUUGAGUAACACAUUUUCAUUGAAACGAAAACGAUUUUUCUGUUUUAAAUAAAUUGAAUUCAAUUAGUGUGCAUUUGCAGAUUGUGUGUAUUCAUUUUUUAUUUUGUGCGGGAACUUCAGUUUUAAUUUCAGACCAUUUGUUCAUUUGCAAAUAAUGUCAUUUGAACUAUAAACAAAUCGAAGAUUCGUGCUAUUGUGAACAUUUGAACUUGAAAUUAAUGAAUAAAAAGUGACGAUUUUUGAUAAAUCAAAACCGACAAAUGACAUAAUAUUCUUUGAAGCUGUAAAAAAAAGUGAAUUGAUUCAAGGAAAAAAAGAGAGUAUAAAUUGAGACAUAAACAAGAAUAAACUUGAUAUAUUAUAACGUGUGAACUGUGUCAAAAUUGGCAAACAUUUACUGUCGUUUGAUGUUAUUUUAAUCUAAAAAAAGGCCACUGUAUAAAAUAGUGUUCAAUGAACGGGUUGGCAUAUCUAUACUUGUGCAUACAUAAUAGUCUCCUUUGAUUGCCGAUCUUGAAGUACACUGAAUAUAUUCAACGCUGUAUAUUCAAAUAACGUGAAAAACUUUUUACGAGUUCAAAGAACAAGAAAAUGGAAAAGUUGCGUCGUAAAAGUGUGUAGUAACAAAAUUCAAGAGGCAUAAUUCAACGUAUGAAACUCAUGUGCAUAUCAAUAUCUAAAGAAAAUUAAAAGAUCCAAAUACACGAUUACGACAUACAACAUACAACAACAACAGUGCACUAACGUAAAUUGUGUGUUUUUAGUUGUUUGGUUAUUGUUUCAAAUAGCAUUUGAAGUGUAUUCCGAAAAUUUCGAUUGCAAGAAAAACGGUAACGGCUUUGUGUUUGCAACGACGACAGAGAAAAGCAAUUGAAAUAACAAAAUAAAAGAGGGGGAUUUGACGAGAAAAUGUCGAAAACGCCAACCUCGCCCGACUUGUCACCACGUGCUUCGUUGACACCACCGGCACCGUCAGCAAUGGCUCAAAUACCAGCAAAUCUAUCAUCGAUUGACGGUGAACGAGACGAAGUGGCACCAUCGCCAUCGCCGAUCAAAGACGAACAUUUGCAAAAUCGUUCACCUUCACCGCAUACACCGCCACUAACAAAGGCACCCAUUAAACCAAUCAUUGAUAACAACAAGAAUCCGCAACAGUUUUGCUUACGUUGGAACAAUUAUCAAUCGAAUUUAACAAAUGUAUUCGAUCAAUUGCUACAAAAUGAAUCAUUUGUUGAUGUCACAUUGGCCUGUGAUGGCAAUUCAAUAAAAGCCCAUAAAAUGGUAUUAUCCGCAUGUUCGCCAUACUUUCAAAGUUUAUUCUUUGAUAAUCCGUGUCAACAUCCGAUCGUUAUAAUGCGUGAUGUUAAAUGGCCCGAAUUGACGGCGGUCGUUGAAUUCAUGUACAAAGGCGAGAUCAAUGUGCGUCAAGAGCAAAUUGCACCAUUGCUUCGUGUCGCUGAAAUGCUGAAAAUUCGCGGUUUGGCCGAUGUUAAAAGUGAUCUUGAUUUGAAUUCGGAAUCGGAAAAAUCGACCACCAAUGACGAUGCAACCGAUGUUACACCAUCAACCGUUACAACUAAAAACAAUACCAACAUUGAUUCGAUUCCAGCUACAAAAAAACGAAUAACGGCACGAACUGAAUGGCAAAUCAAUAAUAUGGAUUUAUCAGAGCAUCUUUCAAUGCAACAGCAUAAGCAACGUGAACAAUCCACACCAUCAUCAUCGUCAUCAUCACAACAAGCAUCGCUUGCAUCAUCAUCACGUCAUUUCACAAAUCGUAAAAGACGAUGUCCAUCGGCUGAAAUAAAACGAACCACAUCGAGCCCAUUGUCCUUGGAUCAGCGCAGCGAUGUAAGCGCAUCACCAGCACCACAAUCCGAAUCUGCUAGCUCGAAAUGUAUGCCGCCAUUCCUUUCAGCGGCCGGUUCGAUUGAUCCAUUGACCAUGGCCUCUCUUUUACCAAAUACCAAUUCGGAUGACUGUGAGAUUAAACCAGGCAUAGCCGAAAUGAUACGUGAAGAAGAACGAGCAAAGCUACUACAAAAUUCACAGGCUUGGCUGAAUGCAGCACCAUCCAGUUCAUUAAAUAGUAUGUCAGAGAGUUAUCAGUAUCAAUUGCAAUCGAUGUGGCAAAAAUGCUGGAGCACCAACCAAAAUCUAAUACAUCAUUUACGUUUUCGUGAACGUGGACCGUUGAAAUCGUGGCGACCAGAAACAAUGGCCGAAGCUAUAAUGAGCGUCCUUAAAGAUGGUUUGUCAUUGUCGCAAGCGGCACGAAAAUAUGACAUUCCGUAUCCAACGUUUGUGCUAUAUGCAAAUCGUGUACACAAUAUGCUUGGACCAUCAAUCGACGGUGGUUCUGAUUUACGGCCCAAAGGACGUGGACGACCGCAACGAAUAUUGUUAGGCGUUUGGCCCGAAGAUCACAUUAAAGGUGUCGUUAAAACCGUUGUAUUUCGUGAUGACAAAGAACUCCGUGAAGAUACUACCAUUCCGUUACCAGAAUUCGAUGCAAAUACGCCGAUUUUCCCAUUCCCAAAUGCACAACUUGAUUUUUCGGCAGGACCCUCCAGCAAUGGUGGACUUGGUAUGCAAUUAAAUGAACUAGAUUCAGACGCAUUAUCGCCGAUCAAUAUAAGUAGAAACAAUUUAAAUUGGACGUCAUUAGUGAAUCCAAGUGGUAGUCGAUCUACCUCGUCCCGGUGCAGCAGUUAAUCCAAAUUGUUGCAACUUUCCACAUUCAAAGCGUAAGCGGUAUUUUAUCUUCGUUUGAAUUGUGCACGCGCCAUUGUGCCAAACCACUAAACCCUGUCCCUCUCUCAAAAUAAAUAAAUUACAACAGAAAGAAAAAAACAUGAAAUGAAUGAAAUUGCAAACGUGUUGUUGGACACCACAUUACUUGCGAAUUCAUAAUUCAUUCUCUAAAUUCUUGGCACUUUAUUUUUUCAACAUUUUUUCUAAAUAAUUUUGAUUUCUAAUUUCUUUCAUCAAAAUCCUUCGGUUUAAGCCUUUCAUUUUUUGAGAGUUGAUUAUUUAGAAAAGUUAUUAUUGAAAAAAAAGGAGAAAAUAAACAACAAAAUAAAUUUAAACUGUUUAGGAGAAAUUUUAGGCAAAAUAAAAUAUUUAAAUGAAAUGAUAAAUUUUUUUAUGAAAUUAAGAGUUUAAAAGAUGUAACAAAAUUUAUGAAGAAAAUAAAUAAGAUGAAACUAAAAACAAAAACAAAUGAUGAAAGAAGAAACAUUUUAUAAGAAAAACCAUGAAAGAAAAACUGAACAUUUUUAAGCACAUGAACUCUCAGGUAGCUUAUUGUUGUAUUAUGUUACUUUUUAUUGAUUAAAUUUUACUAAUUUUUUUUUUCUUGCGUUUGAAUAAAUUUAAGUGGUUGAGCAUUUUUAAAAUCAUUCUUCUUUACCGUUAAGAUCAUUUUCACUAAUCUUGUUCGGUAUCUUUUUUUUCUUUUGUAUGGAAUGCAUACAUUUUGUAAUCACAUGUAAUUAAUUUUAUUAGAAUAUUUAAACAAAAAGAGAACUCUUUUGUGUUUCAUUAAGUUUUACGUUUGGAAUGUGUAGAUUAUUUGUUUUUUUUUUUUAAAUAUGAAAAAAAUAUGGAAAUCGAAAAACAAAACAAGAUGAGAUGCAUGGAAAUUCUCACAAAGGCCAUAAAUAGUUGUUGAGAUAUGGUGAUACAGGAUUAUACAAUAACAAAUACAAAAACAAAGUCUCUUUUUAAUUCAAAAAGUGCCACAGUUGCCGUUGUUAAGCAACUGAAUUUGAACUAAAAACGCAAAGAGAUGAUAAAUAAAUAAACAUGAUGUGAAAGAAAAUAGAUUGAGAGCGAGGACAUUGUUUUCCAAUGAAAUAAAUAUACUCCAUUUCGAUUGCAACAAUAUUCUACUCUAUCGUAAAAUGAUUCAUAAAUAUAAACUGCAGAUACACCCACUCACUCUCUCACACACACACCCUGACAUAACAAUGGUUAGGCAUUCACACAUCCCUACAUAUAUACAUAUAUGGUUCCACAGACGAUUGAAAAUAAGAGAAAAAUAUUUAUAAAUAAAAAAAACACACACACUCUACACGGACCUGAAACCGUCGAGGUAUUUUCAGCGGAAAUGAAUCCAUUUUUUAUAUGCAUCAAAACAAUCCUUAAAAUUUACUUUUUCUCUCUAUCUCAUUUUCAUUUUGAAAUAUUUACACACAUAUUUAAAAAUAAAUCCGAAGCGAAGAACAGCCUUAAAACUCACACAUCCCAAAGAGAUAAUGAAAAAAAAUCCUAUCCGAUUUCAAGUUUUUUUCGAGGCAUGGCAUUUUUUUUUUCCUCUGAAUUUUUCAAAGAACAAACAGAAAAUGAACGAAUGUUCCAAUGGAGUAUCCAAACUUAAAAUUAAUGAGAUAAUACACGGACAUAAAAAAAAUGUGAAAGUAUAGGCCUUCAAUUUAAGAGUUACGAUUAUAAAAAAAGAAGAAAAUGAAACCCAUGUAUAGAUUUCAAAUAACAUAUAGCGAUCGAGUUAAGCUUAUACACACACACAUUUAGAAUUUUAGGCUUUAAGUCUAGCGGGGACAAAAAACAACACAUUGAUUGAUCCACAAGGGUAAGAAGAUUUCAAUGAAUUCGAAAAUUAUUUGUAAAGAACGAAAAUUCCAUGUUUACUUUCACAAUAUUAAAUGAGAAGUUCGCAGGACCACACACAUAUAAAUGUCAACGGUUUUUUUUUUUCUAAAUCGAUUUUGUCCGUAACGAGACAACAAUUCGUUAUAAUUAACGUUUUUAGAGCAAAAAAUAUAUUGUUUAACUAUCAGGUGUGCGAGAAAUCGUCAAAUUUAUCGGAAAAAAUUGUACAACAAGAGUUCAUUAAUUAUAGAGAAAAGAAAGAAACUCGAACCGACAUCAAACCAAUUGGAAUGAAAAUUAAUGAUGAAGUUAAAGAAUGUACCAAGAAAUAUUCGAACAAAAAUGCAUUUGCAAAUAAAACAACCGAAGUAUUACACGCAAAGAACGAUACAAAAAAACAAUGCACACACUGUCAAAAGCGAAAAAAUAAUAUUGGUGAACAAGGAGAAAGAAUGAAAAUUGAAAAAAAAAAAAAAAAACAGAAAUGCAUAUGUGCAUGGUUAUAAAUUAGAUUAUCGAUAAGUAUAAAUUAUUUUACAGUGAAUAGGCAUAUAUAUAUAUAAAGAAUCAGUUCAGUUUAAACAAUAUAUGUAGCAUUCAAAGGCAGAAAUUAUUGAAAACAGCCGUAAGAGAAAGAACAGUAACAAAAACCAACUGAAACAACAAAAAAAAAUAAA